AUGGCUGGUUACAAGGCUGAUACUGAUGCCUUUGUAUCAUGGUUAACUGCUGAUGCAAAUGUGAAACUUUCACAAAACAUCGAGGUUACACAUUUCAACACUUCAAAUGAAGGAAGAGGUGUCAUUGCCGUAAAGGACAUUGCAGAGGGGGAGGUGCUAUUCGAAAUUCCAAGAGAUUCGAUACUAAAUGUUCUGACGUCAAGCUUAAGUUCUGAUUUUUCAGAUCUCGAGGAAACAUUACAGAGCAUUGGUUCCUGGGAAGGACUAAUCUUAUGCUUAUUAUAUGAAUGGAAAGGUAAGAAAGAGAAAAGUAAGUGGUGGAAAUAUUUCAACGUAUUACCUUCCAGCAAUGCUAUGAAUGGUUUGAUGUACUGGAAUGAACAGGAGCUGGAGCACUUGAGACCUUCCUUAGUCCUAGAUCGUAUUGGAAAGAAGAGUGCAAAAAAUAUGUACCAUAAAGUUCUGACACUUGUUAAAGAGAGUAAAUUUCCUGAAGUGCUUUGUAACGUAGAGUGGGAAGACUUUGUUUACGCUGCAAGCGUGAUUAUGGCAUAUUCGUUCGAUGUGGAAAAUGGAGAAUCUCAAACUUUGAAUGAAGAAGAUGAUGAUCAGGACGAAGAAGAAAAUACUGGCUAUAUAAAGUCAAUGAUUCCACUAGCUGACACCCUGAAUUCAGAUACCCAUCAAUGCAAUGCCAAUUUGAUGUAUGAUGAUAAAUUUUUGAAAAUGUAUGCAAUUAAACCAAUCAAAAAGGGUGAGCAAGUUUUCAAUAUUUAUGGGAACCAUCCAAAUGCAGAAAUUUUGAGAAGAUAUGGUUACGUUGAAUGGAGUGGAUCUGCUUAUGAUUUUGGGGAAGUACUAUUAGGGAAUAUUGAGCAGGCCUUGCUUGAGACGUUUUCUGUACCGAAGGAGACACUUGACAUGUGUAUCGAGACAUUAAAGAAGGAUGAGAUCAUUUCUGAUAUCUUAGAAAAUGAAGAUAUUGUAUUAGACUCUUAUGACUGUUAUUACGAUGGAACUGUUGAGACAGACUGUGUGGUACUCGUUGUUGUGAUGUCAACGUUACUACAGACACCAAAUAUAGCGGCGAUGGACAACACUACCCUUACAAUGCAUUUACGAAGAGUGGUGAAGAAAUGCGUUCAAUUGGUUGAACGUGGAUCCAUAAGUGAAAGUUGUAAUAAGGUAUGGCAGAAGGCUGUUUCUUUCAGACUGAAGGACUAUUCUAACAGAGACUUCAGUGACCCUGAAUUGCAGUCCAUAGAUUUUGAAGAUAAGUCUAAAUUAAGAGCCCAAAUGGCCAAUGUAGUUCUUAAGGGUGAAGUAGAGUGCCUUUCAAGUUGCUUCGGCUCUUUCUCGAAGCAAUUUAAAAUCAUCGAUGACAAAAAAUUGCUGGAUAAUAUUCUAAAAAGAAAAGCAGACACCGUUACAAACUCUAAAAAUAAAAACAAAGGCUGUAAACGAUCCACUGAACAUUAUAUAAAUCAUGGCGGAGCACUGUAUAAACUGUAUAAGAAGCAUUACUGA